AGUGUUCGCCUCUCGGGCUGAGCGGAUCAGAACAAGUGAUGGAUGCGCGCAGACUGCUGCUGGACCGGRGACAUCCUCCAGUUUAUUUCUGCUUUUAGAAAGAAGGAAAAUACAAAAUAAAAAUAAUGAAAUAGGUUUAUUUAUGCAUGUUGGAAGCAGGAAGUCAACCAAAGUUACACGUUUUUUUUUUUUAGUUUACUCUUUUUAGUUUAUUUUUUAUUGUUUGGGGGAUCGUUGAGGYUUUGCAGCAGGUCAAAGGAGUGAGAACAUUUUUUCACAAAAUGCCUUAAAACUGGAAUCCAKCUUUCCCCCGGAGUUCUUAUGGAAUAUAGUCCGAUUCUGCACAGUUUCCAUGUUGUGCCYUCAUCCUACGUGAAGAACAAACUCUUCAUGCUCUGCGUCAUGCUGUCCCUGUGGGUCUACAUGAUGUACUGCUGCGUUGGCUACUGCUCCACGGUACCGAACCUGACGUACGGUUCGGCCCGGAGCCACGAGCCCUCCGACGCAGGAGGGGCCGACAGCCAGGGCUCGUCUCUGGGAGCUCCCAGGGACCUGCUGAAUAAUGAGAGUGAUUUGGACAGCAGAGGCGACGACUGGGAGGAAGUCCGAGGCGAGGCGAYGGCGCUGGAUGAGACUGAUAAUAAUAAUAAUAAUGUCAUCACGUCAGGCCUCCUCAAUGAGACGGAAAGUAAAAAGUUGCCGCGGGCGAUCAUCAUCGGGGUGAAGAAGGGAGGGACCCGCGCGCUGCUGGAGUUCCUGCGCCUGCAUCCGGACAUCAGGGCGGUGGGAGCCGAGCCGCACUUCUUCGACCGCAACUACCACAAGGGACUGGACUGGUACAGGGACUUGAUGCCCAAGUCAUCAGAAGGUCAGCUGACGAUGGAAAAAACCCCCAGCUACUUUGUCACAAGGGAAGUCCCUGCUCGGAUCUACACCAUGGCCAAAGACACCAAACUGAUUGUUGUGGUCCGGGACCCCGUCACCAGGGCCAUCUCGGACUACACCCAGACGCGCUCCAAGAAGCCGGACAUCCCUUCCUUUGAGAGCCUCACCUUUAAAAACCUGUCAGCGGGUCUGAUCGACACCACGUGGAGCGCCGUUCAGAUCGGCUUGUACGCCAAGCACCUCGAGCGCUGGCUCCAGUUCUUCCCCGUGGAGCAGCUGCUGUUUGUUAGCGGCGAGCGUCUCAUUACGGACCCRGCGGGGGAGAUGGCUCGCGUCCAGGACUUUCUCGGACUCAGGAGGGUCGUCACGGAGAAGUAUUUCCACUUUAACCCAGCUAAAGGCUUCCCCUGCCUUAAGAGACCCGAGGGGAACAGCAAGCCACACUGCUUGGGCAAAACCAAAGGCCGGACUCAUCCUAAUAUUGAUCUGGAGGUGGUGCAGAGUCUAAGGGACUUCUAUAAACCUUUUAACAGGAAGUUUUACAAGAUGACAGGUCAAGACUUUGGCUGGGAUUAACGGAGGGAUAAUUACAGACUUAUGCUGGUCUUUUGUCUGUUUUAUAAUUUUAUCAUCUGGGAUAAAUUGUGAUACAGUGUAUGUACAGUAUUUAGUGGCGUGUAAAAAAAACUCAGAAGUCUAUUUUAUGAUAAUUUAUUGUUAAGAUAUUGAGUCACAAAACUGUCUGAUCAGUUUGUUAUUUUUUAAAGCACCAUUUCUUUAUGUUUUUGUUUAUUUUUACAGGUGUUAUUGAGCUUCCGUGUUUGUCUGGAAUCCUUUUGGCUUUUGUUUCACCUCAAACCGAAUGAAAUCCYGCUUCCACAACAAACUGGUAAUAUCCCCUUAGCAUUUGCCUGACCCUCAGAGGACCGUGCGCCCACUUAGUCAGGUCGAUACCGGCCUCAGCUGAUCCCAUGCAACUUGCCAGGUGGAUCAAUGCGGUAAUAGCUCCUCAUCAUGUCAAUUAGGCCUGAGCGAUGGCAUCGCCUUGAUCUCUCGAGCGUCUCAAUAAAACAUUUAUCCGUCAGUGGUGCAGUGUUUAUGGCUGAGCCUUAAGCCAAWCUUAAGUUAAUAUAAGAAUAUAAUUACUGCUGGACUUGUCCGACUUGACUAGUAUUUAUAUCCAUAGGGGGAGUCCGGUUACAACGCCAGGAUGUUAUGAGUUUUCCUUCACAGAGGUGUUGCUCAAGCUUCAUAGUCCCUAUACAGAAAACGAUUUUUAUUAAAAACAAAAAGUCAUGACUGAGUCACAUUUAUUGAUCAGGACUGAAAUUGCUCGCAUUGAUCACCCUGUGCAGUUUUUUUUUAACUGCUGGUGAGGCCGUCAAACACACCUGUUCCCACAAUGAGAAUGUGUCCUUUUAAACUUUCAUUAACACCUGAACAGAAUUCAGAUCAGCCUGAGUCUUUCAGUUCAGUUUUAUUUUACGGUUGAGUUUUAUUCAGCCCUUUUAAAUCACGCUUAUGUCAGCAUUUUUACCACCGUUCAGCGURAUUCAGUAAUGAUACAACCCUUCCGUGGAGGCACUAUUUAUGCUGUUUGCAUUGACUUGCAGUGGAAACUUUGAGAUUUAACAGUUUUGAUUGGGACCCAAGUGAAAUGCUGCAGUUGUGUGGUUUCCUUGAAGUUGGAAAUAAAUAUGCUUUUUUUUUUCCAGAGUA